AUGCAGGCGCAGAAGCACCGAACCGCCGUCCACAUCGACCCCUUCAAGCCCGCUGAGGGGCAGAAGGGCCUCAUGAACCGCUGGCAUCCCGACAUCCCCGCCUUCUGCUCUGUGAAGCCCGGCGAGGUGUUCAACGUCGAGUGUCACGACUGGGUCGGAGGACAGAUCGGCAACAACGACAGUUCGGACGACAUCAAGAUCCACAAUCUCAGCGGUCCCAUUGCCGUCGAGGGAGCCAAGACGGGCGAUGUGCUUGUCGUUGACAUCCUGGACGCUGCCAAGGCUGUGUGGGACUUUGAAGGCAUCUACGCGACCUCGCGUCACAUCCCCGGAGAGCUACUCGACAAGUGGAACAAGCGUGAGGGCGAGCUCAUCGCCGCCAACGAGGGGUGCUGUCCUGAGGUCGCUCUGCCUCCGACCGCGAAGGGUGCCUACGUCGGCCAGGACCUACCCGACAAGGUGCGCGAGAAGGUCUACAAGGAGGGCGCCCGUACCAUCCCUGGUCGUGAGCACGGUGGCAAUGUCGAUAUCAAGAACCUCUCGCGCGGGUCCCGCUGUUACUUCCCGGUGUACGUCGAUGGGGCCAACCUCGCUGUUGGCGACCUCCACUUUUCGCAGGGCGAUGGUGAGCUUUCGUUCUGUGGUGCUAUCGAGAUGGACGGUGUCAAGAAGCUCGGUCUUCGUCAGCCUAUCUUCCUCCCCUCGCCCAUCGACCCGAAGUACCAUGAGCAGAUAAUUUUCCAGGGUGUCUCGGUCGACGUCCACGGUGACGGCAAGCAAUACAGCAUGGACGCAACCGUCGCGUACAAGCAGGCGGCGCUGAACUGCUUCGACUACCUGAACCGGCUCGGCUACAGCCGCGAGCAGGCGUACCUCCUCUGUUCGGCUGCACCUGUCGAGGCGCAUGUCGGAGCGAUUGUCGAUGUCCCCAACGCGUGUGUCACGAUGGGCUUACCGCGCGCAAUCUUCGAUCGGGACAUCCUGCCCACCGAGGACGGUCUUGAGAAGCGUGACUACGGCCAGGCGGCCAUUCGCUCGGAUGGUGUGCGCUGCAAGCAGCCUAAUCUGAAGUAG